AUCGGAUACACGAAGUCGUACUUCCCCGCGAAGCCCCGGGAGUCCAGCAGCGCAAGCAGCCUCUCGCGCGUCCACAUGUGGGACAUUCCGCAUCAUUACGGUCGUGCGCGCCUCUGGCGCGCUGCGAGCGUCGUUUGUCUGCCGCGCGUUCUGUGGCCACCCGCCGUCGCGACCCGUAGCCCAGGUGCCAGGGCUCCGCUCCGAGGCCGCGGCAGCAGCGGAUACGAAGUGCCUUGCCUUGGUGCUGAGGGGCGUGCGAGCGCAGUUGACCGCCCGGUUGGACGCUGCCGGCAUCUUGAGCGGCAGCGUGUCGAAUGGCGACUCGGAAGGUAACCCGAGCGGCGCUGGAGCAGCAACCGGCGAGCUCUGGCGACCCGGGCGAGCCGUCGGGGAGGAGGGUGUCGAGCUCCAGCAUGUCCGCCCACGCGAGGGCCGGGCAGGCGGGACGGCACGGCACCACGGGCUCGGGGAACAGCGCCGGCGCCGACUGCGCGCGCCCCAGGGCGCCGCGGCACUGCGCCGCCACGCAGCCCGACAGCGCCGAAGGCUGGCGAUCGCACGGAGAGGCGGAGCCGGCGGUAGCCGGCGCCAUCACGGUGCAAAGUUCGAGCGGUCGGCGGGAGCUCGGCUACGCAGCCGAACUGGAAGUUCUGGUAUUACCAGAACCGCGCGCCCGCAAUAGAACGUAGAUACGCGGAUUAAAUCGUACGGGAGGAGCCGAUGUGGCU